AUGUCCCAAUCGUUGUUCACGGUCUCCAUCUAUGAGACUCUGGGAAUCGAAGCGACUGCACACAUCAUCAACCAGGCUGCACUCACAGCAGUGUGCGCGUCUGCGGACCAUCUGGAAUGUGUCCAAAGCCUCGCCUCACGCUGUACUUCCCUCAAGUUCAUUGUUAUUGUGGACGAUGCUACUUCAGAGCAAAAACCAGACCCCUAUAUGUCACAUACAUCUGGACAACUGCCGGUCUUCUCGCUGAGCUACGUUGAAGAUGUAGGCAAGCGUAAUCCUCGUGCAUUCCAGCCUCCCUCACCGGAAUUCAUCAUCACAAUCAACUACACUUCUGGAACGACUGGUAUGCCGAAAGGCGUUGUUCUGACCCACAAGGCGGCAGUGGCAGCAGCAUCUUGUGCCAUGUCAAUUGUGGACCUACGGAAAGGCGAUAGAAUCUGCUCCUUCCUGCCAUUGGCACAUAUCUUUGAGCGCGUCACUGAAGCUGCCAGUCUGUGGGCCGGGAGCAGUAUUGGUUACUACCAUGGUGACGUACAAUCACUUGUCGAUGACCUCAAGGCUCUCCAGCCUACGAACAUGGUCAAUGUGCCCAGAGUCUACUCUCGGUUUGCAGCUGGCAUCAAGGCGAAGACAUCGCAAGCAGCUCAAGCUAUGGACUUGACCAAUGCGGAUAAUCUCUCAUUCUUACAUGCGCAGAUUGCAAAGGGUCUAGGACUGGACUGUUGUCGUACCAUGGUCAGUGGCUCCGCUCCCAUCGACCCUUCUCUCCAAGACUACCUGCGCGGUGUUAUGAACAACACUUUCAAGCAAGGGUAUGGGUUGACCGAAACAUACGCCAUAACCUUAGCUCAGAUUGCCUCGGAUGAAUCUGUAGGAACAUGUGGAGCGGUCUUGCCGGCGGUUGAAGUCUGCCUACAAAACGCUCAAGACUUUGGCUACAUGACGAGCGAUCAGCCCAAUCCUCGCGGGGAGUUGCUCAUUCGCUCAACCACACUGUUCUCUGGUUAUUAUUUGAAUCCAGCUGCGACUGCGGAGAGCUUUACAGAGGAUGGCUGGUUCCGUAGCGGCGACAUCUGCGAGAUCGACAACCUUGGUCGAGUCCGAGUAAUCGACAGGCGCAAGAACAUCCUGAAACUCGCUCAAGGAGAGUAUGUCUCGCCCGAGCGCAUUGAGAAUAUCCUGCUUGGAGAACUNCCCUGGGCUUCUCAGAUCAUGGUGCAUGGUGACAGUGACAAGUCUUACCUUGUUGCUAUUAUCGGUAUCGAUCGAGCAUCGUUCGCGAAGAUGAUCAAUACACUCUAUGCAGAUUCGCCAGCCUCAUCGCCAGCAGAUAACAUGAUGAAAGACGGCUUUUUCGAGACUACCUGCGAUGCACGUGUCAUUGCAGCAGCCUUGAGUGAGAUCAGAAAAGCUGAGAUCUCGAAGAACAUGAAUGGGUUUGAACGUGUGAAAGCCAUUACACUGCUGGAAGAGCCAUUCAGCAUUGAAAACGGACUUCUCACCCCUACGUAA